UUCCGGCAACAAAGAGCCGCGGCCAGCGGCCCGGGAUAAAUACGGCGGCCGGGAGAGCAGCGCAGCACUCCAGCGAGCCCCGCGCGCCCGGCGACCCUCCACAGCGCCCCCCGCGAGCGCAGGUACCCCGCUCCGCACCCCCGAUCCCGCAACCCUCCACUCGGGUUCCCUGCAGCCGCGCCCUCACCGGCCCCGGCACCCCGAGCAUCCGCCCAGGGCGGCGCGUCCCCAAGGCCGCCGGGCCAGUCCCGUCCAUCAGUCCGUCGCGUCCAUCCGUCGCGUCCGUUGGCAGUGCCAUGCCAUUCCUCGGGCAGGACUGGCGGUCCCCCGGGCAGAGCUGGGUGAAGACGGCCGAUGGCUGGAAGCGCUUCCUGGAUGAGAAGAGCGGCAGCUUCGUGAGCGACCUCAGCAGUUACUGCAGCAAGGAAGUAUACAAUAAGGAGAAUCUUUUCAACAGCCUGAACUAUGAUGUUGCAGCCAAGAAGAGAAAGAAGGACAUGCUGAAUAGCAAAACCAAAACUCAAUAUUUCCACCAAGAAAAAUGGAUCUAUGUUCACAAAGGAAGUACUAAAGAGCGCCAUGGAUAUUGCACUUUGGGGGAAGCCUUCAACAGGCUGGACUUCUCAACUGCCAUUCUGGAUUCCAGAAGAUUUAACUACGUUGUACGGCUGUUGGAACUGAUAGCAAAGUCACAGCUCACAUCCCUGAGUGGCAUUGCCCAAAAGAACUUCAUGAACAUUUUGGAAAAAGUGGUACUGAAAGUCCUGGAAGACCAACAAAACAUUAGACUAAUAAGGGAACUACUCCAGACCCUCUACACGUCCUUAUGUACACUGGUCCAAAGAGUCGGCAAGUCUGUGCUGGUCGGGAACAUUAACAUGUGGGUGUAUCGAAUGGAGACAAUUCUACACUGGCAGCAGCAGCUGAACAACAUCCAAAUCACCAGGCCUCCCUUCAAAGGCCUCACCUUCACUGACCUGCCUUUGUGCUUACAACUGAACAUCAUGCAAAGGCUGAGUGACGGGCGAGACCUGGUCAGCCUGGGCCAGGCGGCCCCCGACCUGCACGUGCUCAGCGAGGACCGGCUCUUAUGGAAGAAGCUCUGCCAGUACCACUUCUCCGAGCGGCAGAUCCGCAAGCGAUUAAUUUUGUCAGAUAAAGGACAGCUGGAUUGGAAGAAGAUGUAUUUUAAACUUGUGCGCUGUUACCCACGGAAAGAGCAGUAUGGAGACACCCUUCAGCUUUGCAGACACUGCCAUAUUCUUUCCUGGAAGGGCACCGAUCACCCGUGCACAGCCAAUAACCCAGAGAGCUGCUCCGUUUCACUUUCACCCCAGGACUUUAUCAACUUGUUCAAGUUCUGAAUCCCAGCACAUGACAACACUUCAGAAGGGUUCCCCUGCUGAUUGGAUGGUUGGAAAUACAGAGUUUGGAUGCUUCAUUUGUAAAUAGUGUACAUUUUAGACACUGGCUCAAAACUUCUGAGAUAAGCCAUUGAGAGGACGUUGGAGGGGAGAGAUGCAGUUGCUGGCUGGGCAUUUAAGCAUAUGGACUUCUCAUUAGAAUUGGUAUGGAAAAGCAGAAAUACUGUAAAUAAACUAUUUUUCCUAAUGAUUUGCCAGCAAGACUAUAAGGCAGGAAUUCUAUUUCAUCGGUGAAAAUGGAAUUCUCUUGACGUUCACUGAGACUCCGUUAUAGUUCCCUAGAGAUGUGGGCGAAAGGGGCAAAACUCAAAUACAAGAUAGAAUGCUCUUUGUUUACAAUGUGAAAAUGUGUUGAAAAAAAGAAAAAAGAAGAAAAACUACAUAUGAGGAAUCCCUGGGCUUUGGGUUUUGAUCUGGGGUUUGUUUUGAAAAGGCAAAGGAAGCACCACUCAUCUUAAACCCGCAUGGGUAUAGGGCCUUGUCUUCUGAAGAUACCACACAAUAGUCUACCUCGGAAAGCUACAAUACUCGCUCUGACAAAGCGCGUGGUCCAGUAGGCAGUCUCUGUUUUUCUUGUUUCUUCAUCAUAUAAAAAGUGAUUUAAAACAGGAA